UUGGCAACACCUGUAAUGGUCGGUGUUAGAGCUAUUACAGCUGUUCUCAUUGGUCGACAUCUUGUGCGCAAUGGUAUUAUGGGAACGCGGGCAGCAGACUUGUGGGUAAAGGGUGCUUUUAAAGCGAAAAUGGAUCGCAAGGAGGAUAUUGCAAUCCUUGGGCUA